AUGCUUCGACAAGAGCGGCUGUUGCUGGUUGACAUGGAAACCAACGUGAAGCAGGAGGAGUUUAAUGAUGGUAGAGGUGAAAGCACCCAGGGCUGUCGUCGUCAGGUGACCAGAAGGAGGACGGCCUCUUGUGGUGGAGCUCUCGGCGAACGCAGCGAGGACACGGCUGAGCUUUCUGACGACACUCGCACAGUGGAGACGAGCGUGGUCGACAACAGCGAUGGAUCCUACAGAGUGUCAUACACACCUGAGGAGCCAGGAACCUACUCAGUGUGGGUUUGUGUCAAAGCUCAACAUGUCAAGGGUUCUCCGUUUGUUCUCAACGUGAAGAGGAAGUUCAGGCGUCACAGCGGGACAUUUCACUGCUGCUCCUUCUGCUCCAGUGGAGGAGCCAAGGAGGCUCGCUGUGGCUGCGCAGGAACCAUGCCAGGAGGAUUUAAGGGUUGUGGUCACGGUCAUAAAGGACACCCCGGGAAGCCCCACUGGUCCUGUUGCGGCAGCACCGUGGAGCAGUCCGAGUGUUUGCCUCAGAGCGUGCUGGCGGCAGUCUCCCCCCGCGGCCACCUGCGGACCGUGGAGCUCUGAGGCGACGCAGAGACGAGACCCGUCCAGAUGAUGCAAGUUAAUAACGGACGGCAGCAACCAAAAGGUCAGAGCGGCGGGGGAGUAAGCUCGUUGCUGUAAAUCUUGGAAAAGGUCAGACAAAGUGAAGCUCUAAAGACACAGCGACUGAGGCAGGACAUCAAAGUCUCUGAGUCUCGGGAGUGAUCACCUCUGCCAGACAUGCAGCAGCCAGCUCACCAUUAGAGACAAACACCAAAGCUGUGGCUCUGAAUCUGUUGUAAAGUGCCUUUGUGUCUAAGCUCUGCCUGCCUGUGACAAGAUAGAGGAUGAAAUGCCCCAAUCACAGCAGUCUGAAUCACAUGUGUUAAAAGCCGUGCUGAAGGGCACCUUAAAGAAGAGAUAGUGCUGCUUCCUUAUUGUUACACUUUUCUGUCCCCGGCUAUCUGCUGCUCUUAAAGCAGAUUCUUUUUUUAACCUUGAAGCUGGUGUCGAUUUCAAAGGUGCUGAAAUCCGUGUUUUAUAUCUUAAAUGUAAAACUCAUUUAAAUGGAAACCUUAAGGAUCACCAGACGGUUGAACUUGAAUACUUUUGUAUUUUUUAUAUGCUUCAGUCAAGAAGAUAUCUUGAAAUAUAGUGCCUCAAAAACAAUCAUGAUUUCAAAAGAUAAGAAAAAUAAUUGACAAUAUAGCUACAAGCAGCAUGCCAGGGUUUCCCGCCACAAUUAAAACUUCUGCUGCCAUGUUCUGAUUUCCUAUUUUUGGACUUGGACCAUUGUUUAGGUGCGCUCUUGGAAUAUAUAUAUCGUCUGGUUAUUCAUUUGCUCCACAGAUGGAGCAGUUGAACGUGAAACUCAAUUUCAGUGCACUGGAUCUACAGUUUGUUUUCACUCACAAACAGCUGCUCCUUUCAUCCAUCGAUCUGAUGUCAUCGGAUCUGCUGAUCAGUUAUGCACCGCACAAGUCAAAAUCAAAACUCCACAAACUGCAGCUGAGGAAAAAAGAAGAGUCCUGCCUGUGCUGCGUUCAUGGACCUGCAAAAACCUGCAAAUCAAAUAACCAACCAUGUUAUUACUGGAUCAGAUUGUGACCUUGUAGUCAUGUCUCUUUGAUUUAUAUGUUUUUCAGAUCUUCAACUAUAGUUUUUAUCGUUUAGUUUCUGACCCUUUAUUUUGUCUCAAAUAUAUUUAAAAUAGUGUAAUGUAACGUAGGCUGUGGCCUAAGUGAUGAAUCAAUGGACAACACUAAGUAAAAUGUUAUUGUGUUAUCUUAGCAACAGUCACAUAUACAUGCAUUAAUACCACUGCAACCACUGGAUUAAAAUGGAGGCUCUGCCUUUUAUUAACCUGUUGCCAUGGUGAAUCGUAGUAUCGGAGCUCCAUUGAUGAUGCCUUCUUUCACUCACUAUGCACAAGCUUUACUUAGAGUUGAUUGAACUAAUUCUGAUCAGCUGUUCUGGAGCCAAAAGCUCAGAGUUUUCCAUCUCUGGUUCGUCAAGUCAGAGUUUGUUGAAUCUGUUCUGAGUACUAAGAAAUAUAUAAUUUAGGGCUGCCCCCUAAUAGUCGACCAAACGUUAGUCGACCAGAAAGGCAAGAUUUCAUUGGUCACUUAGUUGCAGAAAAAAAAACCUGAAACUCUAUCAGGAGCUGCACCUUGUCAAACUAAAUCAAAACCUAUCUGACUGGACCAUGUGGGAAUUUAAUUUGAAAGGACAGACACAGGAAGUGUCCACGCUCAGCAGUCAGACAGGAGUCAGGUUAAUUUCCAGGGCUGGUACCUGCGGUUAUUCCACAGGCUAGUUAAUAACAUGUCGGGCAGGAAAUCCAAAGUGUGGGAUCAUUUUGAGAAGGUGAAGGACGAACCCAAGGUGAUAUGUAAACUCAUCUUCAUUGGUCGACUACAAACAUGACGUAUCAUCUGAAACAUGGAAGUAGCUACAUGCCCAUUAGCCCACAGCGUCAUUAACAGGCGGCUCGCUCAGUGUGUGACGUGCACUUGUAGAUAAAAUAUAGGCCUAUAUUAAUGAAGGUUCAUUAGUACGGUUUUGUAUUUCUCUGUAAUGUAGCACAGUGUUAACAAUGUUACUGAUACUAUUCUUUCUCACACCUUCAACUCAAACCACCAAAAUAUAUCAUUUAAUAAUAACAUUAAUAUCAUAAACAUGCGGGCGACUAGUCGACUAAUGGCCCUAAAUGACGACUAUUGGUCGACUAGGAAAAUUCUUAGUCGAGGGCAGCCCUAAUAUAUUUAUUAUGUUCCAUGAUACUAUAGGUUAAUUGUGUGUACAGUUUGUAUUAGUACUAACUUGGUAGAUUAUGGGUCGAUCCCCCAAUUUUUCCUAAUAUAUACCAGGUCUUCUUUAUGCUAACUUCAGGUAAUUACUUUGUUUAACAACAGUUGGAUAUUCUUUAGUAAAAACUUGGUAAUUUUUGUGCUGUAUAGAAAGAUUAAAAACAGGUACUUACUUUUUUAUUUGCAUGUAAUAAACACUGGCAUAUAAUAUCAAAAAAACAUAUUUACUUCACCUAUUAUUAUAUUAUUUGAAGGUAUAAACUACAGGUGGGAACAUCUGGUUAUACAGUAGACAAUAAUCGAUACUUAGUAAAAUACAAUGCAGUGAUUUUACUCCAUUUAUAAGUCGAUGCCUGUUUUGUGGUGCCACACAUUGUUUCCAAACACCAGGACAAAUUAAUUUCCAUGCUCCCUGUUUGUGAAUAUUCCUGUUUGCAUAUAUUCACGACAGAAAGGAGCAUAAAUCAGCUCCUCCUGAAUACGACCUGAAUCGAGACAGAAGCACUGAGCUGGAAUACAACGUGCCUGUAAACUCAAAACAUUCAUUAUAUUCUGUUCAUAAUAUGAAACAUACUCAUACUGUUUGUUUUGCUCCGUGCAUGUAAAGAUUUAACAUAUCAGCUGCGUGCUUAUUCAUGUUUUUAAUGAGGAGAAAGUCCGUUAAAUGUGCACAGAAUGGGGUUUUUCCUUCAGUCUCAUUAGCACCCCGACUCCACCGUGCCUCCUGGUGAGGAGGGCUUUAUCUGGGAAACACUGUGACCUAGAAGGUGCAGUCAGCCUCGUCUUUGAAUACAAAGUCGUUCCUCUCCAGAGGCUGUGUCGCAGCACUGACUUAAAACCACAAACGUGGAGCUCAUAAUGAGCCACUUAAUGCCUUUGUGUAUUUUCUGUAUUCUGAAUAUGAAUUAUCUCGAGUGUGAGUGCAGAUACGUGUGUUUUUUACUGCUGAUGGUACAGAUGAGUAGACCUAUGCAAAUACUUGAGGAGACAUGAGGACUAAUCUUUGAUUUGUGGUCCAAGAUCGAGCCAAGAAUCGAUAUGCUGCUGUUCACAUUGUCACAUUGAUCCAGGUAGUAUUUUACUCUGCUUGACUACUUUUUACUGAAACAUUUGAGCCUGUACAAUCAAAAUAAAAUCAC